AUGCAUUGGGAAAUCUUUACUGUUGGUGCGCCACCGGAAAAAAAAAAAACGGUGUUGCUAGGACACGUUAGAGUAAACAAAAAAAGUGUCAUCUAGCAUUUUUUUGCUGAUGCAAAUUAGUUUAAAAUCUAUUAAUGUAUAUUUAACCAGAGAAAUGAUUUUGGCUGGGAAAAUAAAGGAACCUGACCCCCUGAACCCAAAAGUAUUGCUAUGGGCAGAUGUAAGCUACAGUGACAUGGAGGAAAUUGAAAACACCAAGGCCAUACCAGAGCUAGAGAGAACUCUAUGCCGUGUGCUGGGAGUAAACAUUCCUGAGCCGAGGAGGGGAGUCCUGCUGGAGCUUUAUGUCCACACAGUGCUGUUCUGUAGAGAGAGCAACUUCAACAGGGAGCAGACAUCUGUCCUCCUCUCCAUCGUCAAGAGCAUGCAUCAGGCUAACACUGAAACUCCACUCAACAAUAUGAGCCGUUGCUAUGCAUACUGCAGUGAACUUCUGCUCUGUCACUCUGUCAGGAGGCCUCCCUUCAGUAUCAGCCUGUUCAGCUCUGAGGACGUGACCCAGAUCUUGAAGUAUCUCCUUAACAACUAUUUUAGACAUUACAAUCUGUACAAGUACAUAUUCACCCCUCAGGUUAGAUUGGAUCUGUCUUUUUCCUACUCUGGCAUGCCAGACGAAGACCCUGUCACUGAGACUGACGCAGUAUCAUCAGAUGGGAACGGCAAGAAGGAAAACGAACCAGAGGCGGCAGAAGGGGAGCAGCCCAUUGAAGCAAUGAACACAGGUCCAGAGAUGGCUAAUACAGAUCCAUCGCCCAAGUCAGAGUUGAGGACGAUAAUACAACAGGAAAUGAGAGAGGAGAUGAUACAUAUGUCAAGGCAACUAGAGCAACGAUUGAAGGAAAGUGCAGAUCGGCUAAAUAGCGCACUGACUUCACUGGAGACCAAUCUCCAAGGCAAAAAGUAAACAUCAAAGCCUGAUUUUUAUCUAUGCAUUUCAUUCUGUUCUUUGCACUAAAACACGUUAGUCAAAUUUGAGAUAUAGGUUAUUUGUGGGUGUCUGUCAGUAAAGAGGUUGAUUGCGUAAUCAUGUUUUUGUUAACUCCUUUAAACACAAAAUCAACACACAAAUAUUACAAAGUAAAUCGGUUACUUUCAUUAUCAAUAAAACAUUGGUCUUUCACAGUUGUAACAUUAUUGUACACCACUUAUUGAGGAAUGCCAUUUUAAUUCAGGCAAAGGAACACUUAGUUGAGUAAAUCUCAAACUGGACUGAAAAGGAAUGCUAUUGGUUACAAUAAUUGUCGUAUUGCACUAAACACGAAACACAGAAAGGAAACUAAUCUGACUGGGGUAACAGUUAUUUCGUCAUUUCCUAUACCCUGAACUCAAACUAUCAGUGGAAAUUGGAAAACUAUAUUUGGAAUGUUUAAUGUUUCUUCUGCAAUCACUAACUUUCCGCUAUGUUAUUUUAGAUUCAGUAAGAAUAUAUGAUUGAUAAAAUACAGGUUUAGGUAGCAAAUAGAAGUAAACAAUGAAAAUAAUUAUGUUAUGUCAACUCAAUAGAGGAUGUCAUAGCAUUAAAAAAUAAAAAAACUUUUUCAAGCAUUAACUGCA